AUGCGCUCAGCGGCCGCAGCUCCUCAGAGUCCCGCGGCGGCCACCGAGCCUCGCCGCUUCGCCGUAGCUAGGUGGCCGGGGCGGCGCUCGCUCCCGCGGCCGGCACGGCGAAGCGGGCGGGGCGGCGGUGGCGCGGUACCGGGCCCGUAUCCCUCCGCCGCCCCUCCCCCGCCCGGCCCUGGCCCCCCUCCCUCCCAGCAGCGCUCGCCUCCCUCUGCCUCAGACUGUUUUGGUAGCAACGGCAACGGCGGCGGCGCAUCCCGGUCCGGCUUCCGGCGGUUCCUCGGUCUCGGCGGGCCUCCCCGCCCCUUCUUCGUCCUCCUUUUCCCCCUCGUCAGCCCGGGCGGCUCCCCGGCCGCGCCAACCCGCGCCUCCCCGCUCGGCGCUCUCGCGUCCCCGCCGCGCUCCGGCGACUCCUCGGCGCGCCCGGCUCCCAGCUGUCCCCGCCCGGCGUGCGAGCCGGUGUAUGGGCCCCUCACCAUGUCGCUGAAGCCCCAGCAGCAGCAGCAACAGCAGCAGCAACAGCAGCAGCAGCAGCCGCAGCCGCCUGCGGCCGCCAAUGUCCGCAAGCCCGGCAGCAGCGGCCUUCUCGCGUCGCCCGCCGUCGCGCCUUCGCCGUCCUCGUCCUCUGUCUCCUCGUCCUCGGCCACGGCACCCUCUUCCUCGGCGGCCGCGGCGACCGCCAGCAGCGGGAGGCCCGGCCUGGGCAGAGGUCGAAACAGUAACAAAGGAUUGCCUCAGUCUACGAUUUCUUUUGAUGGAAUCUAUGCAAAUAUGAGGAUGGUUCAUAUACUUACAUCAGUUGUUGGCUCCAAAUGUGAAGUACAAGUGAAAAAUGGAGGUAUAUAUGAAGGAGUUUUCAAAACAUACAGUCCUAAGUGUGAUUUGGUACUUGAUGCUGCACAUGAGAAAAGUACAGAAUCCAGUUCGGGGCCAAAACGUGAAGAAAUAAUGGAGAGUAUUUUGUUCAAAUGUUCAGACUUUGUUGUGGUACAGUUUAAAGAUAUGGACUCCAGUUAUGCAAAAAGAGUUCCUUCAGAAACAGAUGCUUUUACUGACUCUGCUAUCAGUGCUAAAGUGAAUGGCGAACACAAAGAGAAGGACCUGGAGCCCUGGGAUGCAGGUGAACUCACAGCCAAUGAGGAACUUGAGGCUUUGGAAAAUGAUGUAUCUAAUGGAUGGGAUCCCAAUGAUAUGUUUCGAUAUAAUGAAGAAAAUUAUGGUGUAGUGUCUACGUAUGAUAGCAGCUUAUCUUCAUAUACGGUGCCCUUAGAAAGAGAUAACUCAGAAGAAUUUUUAAAACGGGAAGCAAGGGCAAACCAGUUAGCCGAGGAAAUUGAGUCAAGUGCCCAGUACAAAGCUCGAGUGGCCCUGGAAAAUGAUGAUAGAAGUGAGGAAGAAAAAUACACAGCAGUUCAGAGAAAUUCCAGUGAACGUGAGGGGCACAGCAUAAACACUAGGGAAAAUAAAUAUAUUCCUCCUGGACAAAGAAAUAGAGAUGUCAUAUCCUGGGGAAGUGGGAGACAGAAUUCACCGCGUAUGGGCCAGCCUGGAUCGGGCUCCAUGCCAUCAAGAGCCACUUCACACACUUCAGAUUUCAACCCGAAUUCUGGUUCAGACCAAAGAGUAGUUAAUGGAGUUUUUAUACUUUCCUUCAUAUCAUUUGUUCUGUCAGGUGUUCCCUGGCCAUCGCCUUGCCCAUCUCCUUCCUCUCGCCCACCUUCUCGCUACCAGUCAGGUCCCAACUCUCUUCCACCUCGGGCAGCCACCCCUACACGGCCGCCCUCCAGGCCCCCCUCGCGGCCAUCCAGACCCCCGUCUCACCCCUCUGCUCAUGGUUCUCCAGCUCCUGUCUCUACUAUGCCUAAACGCAUGUCUUCAGAAGGGCCUCCAAGGAUGUCCCCAAAGGCCCAGCGACAUCCUCGAAAUCACAGAGUUUCUGCUGGGAGGGGUUCCAUAUCCAGUGGCCUAGAAUUUGUAUCCCACAACCCACCCAGUGAAGCAGCUACUCCUCCAGUAGCAAGGACCAGUCCCUCGGGGGGAACGUGGUCAUCAGUGGUCAGUGGGGUUCCAAGAUUAUCCCCUAAAACUCACAGACCCAGGUCUCCUAGACAGAACAGUAUUGGAAAUACCCCCAGUGGGCCAGUUCUUGCUUCUCCCCAAGCUGGUAUUAUUCCAGCUGAAGCUGUUGCCAUGCCUAUUCCAGCUGCAUCUCCUACACCUGCUAGUCCUGCAUCAAACAGAGCUGUUACCCCUUCUGGUGAGGCUAAAGAUUCCAGGCUUCAAGAUCAGAGGCAGAACUCUCCUGCAGGGAAUAAAGAAAAUAUUAAGCCCAAUGAAACAUCACCUAGCUUCUCAAAAGCUGAAAAUAAAGGUAUAUCACCAAUUGUUUCUGAACAUAGAAAACAGAUUGAUGAUUUAAAGAAAUUUAAAAAUGAUUUUAGGUUACAGCCAAGUUCUACUUCUGAAUCUAUGGAUCAACUACUAAACAAAAAUAGAGAGGGAGAAAAACCAAGAGAUUUGAUCAAAGACAAAAUUGAACCAAAUGCUAAGGAUUCUUUCAGUGAAAAUAGCAGCAGCAACUGUACCAGUGGCAGCAGCAAGCCGAAUAGCCCCAGCAUUUCCCCUUCAAUACUUAGUAACACGGAGCACAAGAGGGGACCUGAGGUCACUUCCCAAGGGGUUCAGACUUCCAGUCCAGCUUGUAAACAAGAGAAAGAUGAUAAGGAAGAGAAGAAAGACGCAGCUGAGCAAGUUCGAAAGUCAACAUUGAAUCCGAAUGCAAAGGAGUUCAACCCACGUUCCUUCUCUCAGCCAAAGCCUUCUACUACCCCAACUUCACCUCGGCCUCAAGCACAACCUAGCCCAUCUAUGGUGGGUCAUCAACAGCCAACUCCAGUUUAUACUCAGCCUGUUUGUUUUGCACCAAAUAUGAUGUAUCCAGUCCCAGUGAGCCCAGGCGUGCAACCUUUAUACCCAAUACCCAUGACGCCCAUGCCAGUGAAUCAAGCCAAGACAUAUAGAGCAGGUAAAGUUAAAUACCUAGAAUUGGAAUUGCUGAGGUAUGUACCAAAUAUGCCCCAACAGCGGCAAGACCAGCAUCAUCAGAGUGCCAUGAUGCACCCAGCGUCAGCAGCAGGCCCACCGAUUGCAGCCACCCCACCAGCUUACUCCACGCAAUAUGUUGCCUACAGUCCUCAGCAGUUCCCAAAUCAGCCCCUUGUUCAGCAUGUGCCACAUUAUCAGUCUCAGCAUCCUCAUGUCUAUAGUCCUGUAAUACAGGGUAAUGCUAGAAUGAUGGCACCACCAACACAUGCCCAGCCUGGCUUAGUAUCUUCUUCAGCAACUCAGUACGGGGCUCAUGAGCAGACGCAUGCGAUGUAUGCAUGUCCCAAAUUACCAUACAACAAGGAGACAAGCCCUUCUUUCUACUUUGCCAUUUCCACGGGCUCCCUUGCUCAGCAGUAUGCGCACCCUAACGCUACCCUGCACCCACAUACUCCACACCCUCAGCCUUCAGCUACCCCCACUGGACAGCAGCAAAGCCAACAUGGUGGAAGUCAUCCUGCACCCAGUCCUGUUCAGCACCAUCAGCACCAGGCCGCCCAGGCUCUCCAUCUGGCCAGUCCACAGCAGCAGUCAGCCAUUUACCACGCGGGGCUUGCGCCAACCCCACCCUCCAUGACACCUGCCUCCAACACACAGUCGCCACAGAAUAGUUUCCCAGCAGCACAGCAGACCGUCUUUACGAUCCAUCCUUCUCAUGUUCAGCCGGCGUAUACCAAUCCACCCCACAUGGCCCACGUACCUCAGUUCUGGUUCAAGGUAUCUCUAGAAAAAGACAAGACUGAGCUAUUCUCUUUGGUGGAUUAGAGAUCUGCUUCAGGAGGAGGAAGGUUGGCCAGAGUUGGGCAGCACUGAAAUUCCACAUCCUUGGGCUGACACUGAUUCUGUAAGCUUCCUUUUUAAUAUCUCCUAAACCAAAAUGAGUAUUAAUUAGCAGGCAUCUUUCUAUUUUACCAGUAGGGGGCAGGAGACACUCAGAAAAAAAUUGCAAGGAAGAAACCCAGAGGGCAGGAAGGCUGAAAAGAUGUACAAAGCUGCUUAUUGACAUGGACUCAUAAGCAUUUAAUAUUCUCAGAUUGCAUCGGGGAGGACAAAGGGAAGGGCAAGUAUUCGGGAAGGGCAAGGAUUUUAUAGAGCAACCGUGGUCUUAAUAGAGUUUUAAAUAUUGUGACAGCAAAUCAAGAUUCUGAAAACUUUUUAAUUCACAUAUAGCAAUUUGUACAUUAUAGCAAAAUUUGCAUUAUUCAAGAAUAAGUUACUUGUACAGUACAUAAAACAAUACAUAAAAAUUUGCCAAAUACCUUCUGCCUAUAAUGAUACAAGAUGAAUCCACUUUGUGUUAUCACAAUGUGCUGUAUAUUAUAACCAAACACUGGAUGUCAGAUGUGUCCUUGUUAAUAUACUUGCAAGUUCCUCUAGCUUGUGGGUGAUGUUAGAGCUAACACAUUUGCAAUAAGGGACUUAGCCCUGAAUAGAAAGCAUGAAGGAAUCUCAGGCAAACCCUCAGGGAAGAGUCCAAGGCCUUGAUUUUAGGUUAAGAAACUGUUAUGUAAAAAUAGUGUUCUCUGGCCCAAGAUUUUAAUGAUUGCUAUUCCUUUUUCUUACGGUCCAGAAAUGAUCAAAGGCAGAAGAUUUAUACCAGAUAAAGCCAUAUGGAUUGCUGGUCUAAAAUUCAAGGCAGGUUAGUUGACUUAAUUCUUUGGUGCUGGUGACUGUUAGUUUGUAAAAGUUGAAUAAAAGAUGAAGGAAGUGAUGGUGCCAGGAGCUGUCAAGCUGUACUGGUGGAAUCUAUGAUUAGAGCUGACUGGAGGGAUCAUGAUGCCUACUGUCCAGUUUGACGCUGAGCCAUGGCUCUUGGUGGAAGUUGCUGACUGGGCCUGGUCAGGACUGGAAGGAGAGUGGUGGGGUGUGCUGUCCUGUGCCUGUGGUGGGCUAGCUGCAGCCAGUGGGGUGCCUGCCCCACACUGCUGCCCACCCCUUCAUCAGGUGGGCCUGCUCCCACGCAAAGAAAAGGCAUUGGCUUAGUGUCACUUCUUCCUAGUGCCAUGAGAGUUUUCUGUCAGCAUGUAUUUGAGCUGGUAACUUGGAUGAGUUUAGAAAGUUAGCAGUCUGGAGGAGGGUGCCUUCCAAAUCUCUGCCACAGAAUCUGAGCUUGCACGUUGCAGCCAGUCAGAUGGCUAAUUACAGUCUGCUAAGUUUGCUGUAUCUGGUGUGCCUCUUGGCACUACCUGAGAGAUGUAUGCAGAGCAGCUGCUAAGAAAUGAGUGCUCCUGGUGUGAAGAUGUCAUAUCCCAGGUGUUUAACUUCUGGCUGGAGGGAGGGAACUUGAUUUGGUUUAUUAUCUACUGGACACUUGUCCUGUGCAGAGGGGAGGACCAGUGACUUUCCAUGAUAACCUUU